CGGAUGGAAGUGACUGACUGACUGUGCAGCGUGCCGGAGAGACACGGCUGUUAUGGCAGCGGCUUCGCUUCCUGGACUUUGCGGAUGAACUCCGCGGAACCACCUCUUCAUCCACCACGAGCCCUUUUUCUUCUUCUUUUGAAUUCAUCCUCAUCUUUUAAGGAGACAGAGAGAGAGAGAGAGAGAGAGAGAGAGAGAGAGAGAGGUGUACUCGUUUCACUGACCCGGUGCCGGCAGGGACGCCCCGCGCGCACAGACAAUAAAGUGGGAGCGAUCAGAUCACAACAAAAGAAAAGACACAAGAUGACCGAGGGCCGUCUGUGUCAGGUGCACCUCCUCGAUGGCAGGAAGCUGGAGCUGCUGGUUCAGCCCAAGCUGUUGUCCCGCGAGCUGUUGGAUCUGGUGGCCUCCCAUUUUAACCUGAAGGAGAAAGAAUACUUUGGGUUGUCCUUUAUAGAUGACACUGGCCAGAGUAACUGGCUCCAGCUGGAUCGUAAAGUCCUGGAUCAUGACUUCUCCAAGACUUCGGGGCCUUUGGAGCUCAAGUUCCUAGUGAGGUUUUAUAUUGAGAAGAUCACCUUCUUGAAAGACAACACGACAGUGGAGCUGUUCUUCCUGAACGCUAAAUCUUUCGUGUUUAAUGAGACCAUCGAAGUGGAGAGUGAACAUGUUUUCAAGUUAGCCGCAUUCGCAUUGCAGGAGGCCAAGGGAGAAUACAGCAGUGCGGAGACUGCCAGAUCAGACCUGAAGCAGCUCCCAGUUCUGCCCACCAGAGUAUUAAGGGAGCACCCGUCUCUCAAUUACUGUGAGGACAAAGUGAUUGAACAUUACAAGAAACUGAAGGGACUGACCAGAGGGCAAGCCAUUGUGCAGUAUCUGGCCCUGGUGGAGUCCCUACCGACAUACGGAGUCCAUUAUUACCCAGUGAAGGACAAGCAAGGACUACCGUGGUGGCUGGGAGUCAGCUACAAAGGCAUCGGCCAGUACGAUCUGCAAGAUAAACUGAAGCCGAGAAAGCUGUACCAGUGGAAGCAGUUAGAGAAUUUGUAUUUCCGAGAGAAGAAAUUCGCGGUUGAAGUAAACGACCCACACAGAAGAACAGUGACCAAGCGAACAUUCGGACAGACUGGUCUGGUUAUUCACACAUGGUAUGCUAGCCACGCGCUGAUUAAAACCAUCUGGGUGAUGGCCAUUAGUCAGCACCAGUUCUACCUGGACAGGAAGACGAGCAAAUCAAACAUGUCCACAACCAGGAGUUCAGGAGAUAUCGCCAUGGACCUCACAGAGAUCUGCGCCCCGCGGAUAAUCACUAAACUGUCCAGCAUUGAGAGCAGAGACCAGCUUAUCAUGGCCAGCAACGGCAGCCUCAUCUCGGCAGGUUCCGCUGACUCCGAAGUCAGCGAGCAGCAGAAUAAAGAGAAGGUCGCCAAGUUGAAAAAGAAAGAAAAAAACCUUCAAGACACACUGGCGCAGAAAAUUGAGGAACUGAAGAAGAUCUGCAUGAGAGAAGCUGAGCUUACGGGCAGAUUGCCUAACGAGUAUCCCUUGGCCACAGGGGAGAAGGCGCCUCACAUACGCCGGCGUGUCGGGACAGCCUUCAAGCUGGAUGACCUCUUCCCCUAUGAUGAGGACCCGCAUCUGAGGAAUCUGGAGAGCAUGUUCGCCCUGCAGCAGAAGAUCGUGGAAGCGGCCAUCAAGUUAUCCAAUGAGGGCGACCUCUGCAAGACGGUGAAGAAAAAGAGGAGAAACAACUGUCUGGAUGCAAUGAGGAAGCUGGAGGAGAUCGAGAAGGAGAUCAACGCCUACAGGAUCAAGAAAGGAAAGAAACCCACCCAGAGAGCCUCGCUGAUCUUUGCAGAUGAUGUCAACCCUUCAGAACUCAGCUCUCUGUCUGACAGCCUCACACUGGAUGAUGACGAUGAGCUCAGUUCCCAGAGGCAGCGGUCCAGAUCGAUUCAGUAUUCCCCGAGACCACACCACGCUGGUACUCUGGACAUCCACUACAACGACAGACGGGGCUCUGCCAAUGACCAGCAUGCCGACAGCAGAUUAAAUUACGGCCACGUCCAGGAAUCACUCCACUGCAGUCACAGCGAUGCCUUAUCAAGCCACAGCAGCCCGUAUAAACCGACUUCCAGACAGCCACAUGAUGCCCGCAGCAUGCCCGCCACCCCCCUCCUCACCCGCAACGCUUACAGCAGCACCCAGCUAAGAUCAGAAGAUGCUCCACAACAUUUCCGCCAGCGCAGCGGCAGUCUGGAGUCCCAGUCUCAGCUCAUGACAGAGGCCGAGCCCCCCGUGCCAACGUUCCCCUUCUCCCCAGCCCGACGCAGCAACAGCACUGAGGUCCUCGAUGACGGCUCCUCCUACACAAGCCAGUCCAGCGCCGAGAACAGCGUCCCCGGCAACCACAGGCGCAGAGCCCGCGGCCGCCACAGAAAAGACCUGUACGCCAACACGGGCAGCAUGCCCAACCUGGCUCAGCCGGACACACGCUGCUACGCCUACCAACCACGGGCCAGACCCACCACGACGGCUUACUACGUGACGGGCUAUCCCAGCUACGCCGACCCGGAGCCUUACUCCAACGGAGCCUACAUGUACGACGAGAUGGAAGGACACUACAACGUCAACCCCUCGUACCACCUCGCCCCGACAGGGUACCACAGCCACGACAUGCACAGUCACUACGGCACAGAUGAGAUGGACGGCAGGUCGCAGAACCCCUACGCCACGCUGAGACCACCCAGGAACCGCCAGGCGCCCCGCGGCAACGAGCCUGUCAUUAAGAACGUCCAGAAGGCUUUGGUGGCCGAGCACUUGAGGGGCUGGUACCAUCGCAACGCCGCACCCAAACAGGCAGCGUACAACUACGACUACGACCGAGGCUCUCAGCAGAGCCUGGGCUAUCAGACCAUGCCUGCACCACACCACAGCCACAACAGCAGGAACAUCUCCUACUCCUCAAUGUCCUCGGUGUCCUCUCGCGGAAACUGGCGAGACCACAUGAGUGUUGGUGGUGGUAUGUCGGAAUACGACGUGCCUGUGCACGCUCCGCAGUCCUACUCCUACAGCACAGCCCCCUACAGCCACUCCGCCCACAACAGAUGUCCCCCAGAGUUUGAGUGGCGGAGCAGUGAUAGGAUGGCGUGCCCCACGGGGCCUUUAGAGAGGUGUGGUGCUGUUGCCUAUGCUACUGACCAGGAAAAUUAACCCCCCUCCCCCCCAAUUAUCAGUCACAGCACAGAAGAAUAGAUCCUCUAUAGACGUCAGCCAAGUGGACUCGCACAUCAGUCACCAAAUGCACACUGACCUGGAGCCCGAGGACCAGAUCCAAUGGCACGAGGACUCAAAACCGGGAACAAUAGUGUAGUUGCCUGUCUGUCGAUUGGGCUGUAUUCGUUUUUUUCACCAUGACCAAGUUGUCAUUGUGCCUUAGACUGCACUUACCUGUUUUUUCCUUUCCAAGAGGAUCCAAAGAAUGAAGGAACUUGACCGUUUAAAGGAAUCGGAGUCCUCUCGUUUUCUGUUCUCUUGAAUGCAAAAGCCAAACCGACCCACAACCUAGUGAUCACACCAAAACCCAACGGGAGCGUCGUCGUUGCUGGAUUGCGAGUUGUUUUGUGGUGAUGGCCCUUUGUGCACUGACACUAUACCAGGACCUGCUGCUGCGGACCGUGUGGUGUAGGCCGAAGGGAUUGUGGACUAAAGAUCUCCAGUGUUUCUCUGUCGAGAGUUGGGCUUCACAAACCAAGGACUAGGACUGUCUCUGUGAGCAUAGUGAGCCACAAUGAACAAUGCUUUGCCCAUGUAUGAACACUGUAACCAUGAAGGAUUGGACAAGCUUUGUUAAGGACAUUAUAAAAAAAUGAAGGAUUAAACUCAUUAAAAAUGAGUCAGUAAGAUGGCUACUUCCUGAUGAGCCAGUUGUAUCAUUGCAUAGCUUGUAACUACCACAGUGUACUCUUGAUUGUCAUUUACAAAGUAUUCAGUCUAUCUCACUGUCAGUACUUGCAAUACAAUUGAGCCAAAUACUACCGUUUGAGUAUUACCUGAAGUAACAAACUUUGAUAUCACUGCCACAUCUGAUCGGUCACUGCAGAGAGACAGACAUUCCCGUUUCUAACAUUUAAUUGUAACAUGGUUAUUUCAUCCAUGCUGGAAAUCAUGGACUGGUGCUCCAAGUUUCUUGUAAGAAAGGGCAGCCGUAUGUAAAUGUUGGUAUUGUAAAUACACUGGUUCCGUCUUUUUUUUUUUCAAGAGCGUUUUUAUGUAUUUGAAAAGCAUGUAAUAUAUAGUAAGCAACUGAUGUUAAGCUGGUUCUUAGUAAUUUGUAAAAUUGCAUUUGUUUGAAUUAAAAAAAAGAAAGCAAA